AGCCACUUUGCACUGGAGUAUCUGAUUUUCAGUAUUGGCACGCGUGCAACUUUAUAACUGGGACACAUUCUCAAAUUGGCCGUCAGUUAAUAUUUAUAAAGUUAAACCUGGUUCAUAUUGAAUAAAUAAGACCAUUUAGGCAGUCAGUGAAAGGAGUCCUGUUUAUGUAAGAUAUCCAUAAAGAGUAUAGAACGGAGGAUUUUCACAAGGUUGGUUAUACAUGUAUAUGAAAGAUUCAAAAUGGACUAACAAUGGGAAAUAUAACGUUAAAACCGUGUAAUAUUUGCCAUUCUGAAGAAAAUAUUGCGUUUUGUGAGGAGUGUUCCAAUCACUUCUGUCCAAGAUGCCGCAGCAGUUCGAAUCACAUUUGUUUUCGAUACAAACGGUUAAAAUCUGAUGUGAAUGGGAGCGAAAACGCGGCGACAGGUUCAUCUUCGAGGUUCUACAACGUCAAAGACCAUGUCGAACUAAUAUCGCACAUGGUUUCAAUUGUAUCAACUUCAAUAGAAGUUUCAAGCAACUUGUUACCUGGCUUUUUGCAAAGUUGCCAUGAAAUUCGUGGAAUUCAAACAGAAUUUGACAAUUUUCUCAAUGCAAACGGCCUAGAGAUGACAAGAAACAAAUUAUUUAAUUUUCGACAGAAAUACACGCUCAACGUUUUCUUCCUUGGCUAUUCUCUAGAAGAUUUUCAGCCACUGCCUUCCAGCGAGGCGGUAAAAUUCGUCCGCAUAAAAGAAAGAUGUCUUCUUACAGAACUCGAACAAAGACGAUCUGACAAUGAAGUACUUAUUCUGGUUUCAAGAUCUCUCAAUGAAAAUGAAACUGAAGCCAUUCUUGCCGCCUGUAAACCAUUUUUCCAGUCCUGCUUUCUAACAACAGACGACCUUCUUCAGGGAGUAACAGGUUCCGACAACGCCGAGGGAAAAACUUCAUUGAGAGUGGAGCAGAAUUUGAAGAACAUGUUGGAAAAGAUGUUAGAGAGAAUUGCAUUCCAAUUUGCAAGAGAAACUGUCAACGCGCUUGUAUAUCUCUCCAACAUAAUUAAGGAAGAAAAACUCGUCACUGACUUAGAGCUGUACAGAAAUAACAUGCUACUAAUGUCAUCGGAAUGUACAGAUGAUAUUGUGCAGAUGUCAAAGCAACUGAGGGAAAAUGCACAACCAAUUAGAGAACUUCUUGAGGAAAGUCGAUGCAUGUUCAAAAGAAGUCGUAUCCCCGACGACGAAAAACCAGUCUUUCCGAGAAAACCUCAACGAACUAAGAAUAACGUUUUACAGGAGCUAUUAAAAUUCGGAGGAGUCCUCUUCUGCGGAGAUAAAUUUGGUACGCUAAUGAUUUUAAUGGACGAAAAGCUCAAGUUGAAGGACAGAACAGAGCAGGAGAAAGAAAUACGAACGUUUUUGGAAUCGAAAGAUGUGAAACAUUUCCAGUUCAACUACAUCUCACCUGAAAUGAAUCAUCUUUACAAAUGUGGACACAAAGUGUUUGAAUCACCAGCCUCGGGAACUCUUGGGUGUUUUGUCCAUAACAUCGGAGGUCCAACUCGACCCUAUGAUAUAUAUGCUCUAAUCUCAAGGCAUGUAGCGAUGUUUCAGGUCGCCGAUGACUUUGUAAUAGAUGGGUGUGAUGUGGGGAAAGUGUUGUCCCCGAUGGUUGGAUUCCAUGAUAUUGCAGUAGCGGGAAUGCAUAAUUCUCAGCUACCGUGGUUGGAUGAAAAAUUCAAAACAGAAACGAGAGAUGAUAAGAGAUGUCAUGUAUUUGAUUUUAAAGAAGAUGACGAUGAAACAUUGGAUUAUUUGUCAGGACUUCCAGUUCAUAUAUGGGGUGCAUCUUCGUCCCCUGGAGUUGGUAGAAUUGCCAUUGAACAUUGUGUUUCGUAUGGAUUUGGCGGUCAAAUUUGUAGUGGCAUUAUAAUCGAAGACAGGAGAUAUUUGAAGAAGCCAUUUUCUAAACCAGGCGACAGUGGCUCCAUAAUUUGUUCUUUCAACAUCAGGAACGACAGUCUAUUUGCGUUGGGUAUGGUUUGUGGAGAAUACAAAAAGCAAGUCACUGGUCCAAAACAACGGUUAGUAGACCACGCUCUCCCAGUUUCAGAAAGUCAAAGAAAGACUAAAGGAACCGGUCAGUAUUAUGCUUUGAGGAUUGAUGAAGGAUUGAAGCAGUUAUCUGAAAAUCAUGGAGGUCGAUUUGUUUUAAAGGACGAUAUACCAUUAUUAGGAAAAGAGAACCAGAACAGUACAUUCGAUAACACCUCGACGAAUUUACCCCUUAUCAAUGCAGAUGUUUCCGAGGAAAUCUCCAGCAACGAUAAUUCUAUUCAAAAGGAAAGAAAUUGGUGCACUAUUUUAUAAUAUAUUUAUUAUGGUCAUUCACGGGCAUCACAAACAGCUACAUAUUUUUUUCUGAAUUAUCUAACAAUGUUUGAUUGAAAACAAUCGACAACCGAAUUGAGUAAUACUUAAAUCAUGGUGUUGUUUUUGACAGUAGUUCGGAACAUUUAAUACACGCAUUUUGUAUUUAAAUAGCCAAUAACGGACAAUGCAUUUUUUGAUUAUCAGAAAGCAUGCAGUUAAGUCGGGAAUAAAUGAUGAUAUAAAAUUAAAUAU